UAUAUAUGUAGAAAUAUGAGGAAUAUAAAAUGGCUGACGGCUCAGAGGAGUGUUGAGGACGCUGAGGAACUGGAGAGGGAGCGUCGCCGCAGAGCGAGGGAAUCGUACUGCUGGACGGACGGAGGCUCGAUGCCCGGAGAAACAUCGCCGGAGGACGGGAUGCCGGCAGAGGAGAGCAUGUACGAUGGCGCCCUGAAGCCGAACAGCUCUCCGUCUCUGGAGGAGGACGAGGGCUUCAGUGAUUGGACGCAGAGAAGAGAGAGGAGGAGGCAGCAACGCCUGCAGGAACUCAGCCAGGGAGGAGAGGAAGAGGAAGAAGAGGAGAACAGGAAGAACAAAUCUGCAGCCGUGAAGUCCGUCCAGACCUCCGUCACCUCCUCCAGCCGACUGCAGAGACAGGAGCACCACCACGAAGACGAUGACGAAGAGGAAAGGGUGGAAAUGGAGAGGAGGAAGAAGCAAGAAGAGGAAGAGUUUAAUCAAGCUGAGAGGAUGAGGAGGGAGCAAGAGGAGAAGAGGAGGAAGGAGGAGGUGACGAUCAGGAGGAAGGCGGAGGUUCAAAAGCCGAAAGAGGUGGAGAAAAGAAAGGAAGUGAAGAUCUCCUACACGUCCAAGGUGUUCCUGAACCAAGAGGCGAAACAGAGCAACGGAGACGCGACCAAAGAGGAAGUGACGACCAUCAAGAACCAGAAGACAAAGAGAUCCACCAGCAGCAGAUCUGGAGAGGAGGUGGAGGCGGAUCAGGAGCUGACGGAGCUGAAGAUGAAGAGGGAGGAGAGGCGUAGAGUCCGUGAGGAAGAGGAGCGCCGCAGGGAGGAAGAGGAGCAUCAGAAGCCGGCCAAAGAGGAGGAGGAGAGGAGGAUGAUGAAGGAGGACAUGGAGAGGACGAGGAGGGUGGAGGCUUCAGAGAGGAUGAAGAGCCGGAGUUCGUCCAGCGUGGACGGAGACGAGAUGUUCAGUCCCUUCAGCCCCAAAACUCCCAAGAUCACAGAGAGGACCGAGUCUCUGAGCCGCUCUCUGAAGAAAAGUAACAGCUUCAAGAAGACGCAGCCGCUCGGUCUGCUGAUCAAGAUCGACGACAAGAGGGAGCAAUACGCACACGCUGUGGAGAACUCCCAGGAGGCGAGGGCAGUGAAGGCAUCACUGAGCGACUUACCUGGCUCACCUGAGGUCGUUUCCUCCAAGAAGAACCUGUUUGAGGCCGGAGAGACUUGGAGUCCCAGCAGGGGGGCCAGUUGCAAGGACACUGAGGGGUUGAAGGUGGGCGUGGCCAAUCGGAUCACCCAGUGGGUGAAGGGGCCGACGGACGGCAGCAGAACAUCGCUUAAACCCGCAGACGUGAGGCCCGGAGAUGUGAUGCAGAAAAAAAACAUGUGGGAGAUUAUCGGAGACUCUACAGGGAGACCAGGACAAAGUGCUAAGGGCUCAGCAGCUGGUAAAAAGUACAAAUUUGUCGUCACUGGUCACGGAAAAUAUGAGAAGAUCCCCGUGGACGAGGAUGGAGAAGAGUUUGCUGACGGAGAAGACGAUUUAUAUCAUGACGAUUACUGAGGAGGUUUCCUGAUCCAAGUCAUCAUACAUAAACAGUCACUUUUUCUGACUCUCAUUUGGACAACUUCAAACCAAAAGUCCAAAAAUCGUCAAAUGUCUAUAUUUGUAUUAUUUCCUCUUUGCUUUUGUAUUUCCUGACAUUCAGUGUUUGUAUGAUGUAUAUAUCUGACUGUGAGCCUUCAUGUUUCUGUUCCUCCCCACUGCAGUGUUUAGGUGAACCAUUCCUAAUGUAUGGUUGUCCUUGUGUGAUGGUGUGUAGGAAAACUUUUGCAAAGUGCAUUUAUUUGUAUGCGUACCACUUGGUUAUUUUAUCUGUUCUGCACUUAAACAUUGGCUGAAGAACAAUCUGAAAACUGCUCGCUGGAGACAUACUUUGUCAAAAACUGGAAAAGCAGAGUUAAUACUGAUUGCAACAAUUCUGAGAAAAUGUAUUUGGUAUAUUUUACAUUUCAACAACCUUAAUACUACCAUACAAUCAAAUGUCAUUUCCUGUUUGUGUUUUUAUCAGACUUUUUACUCUGUCUUACUACAGACAUUUUCCAACGUUUAACAUGCAUGUACUGAGGUGUCUGAUUGUAUGUGUUUGUAACCACUUUUCGAAAUAAAUUAAAAUCAUUUUCUAACUUA